AUGGGCAAAGGAGAUCCUAAGAAGCUGAGAGGCAAAAUUUGGUCAUAUACAUUCUUUGUGCAAACCUGCCAGGAGGAGCACAAGAAGAAGCACCCAGAUGCUUCUGUCAACUUCUCAGAGUUCUCCAAGAAGUGCUCAGAGAGGUGGAAGACCAUAUCUGCUAAAGAAAAGUGGAAAUUUGAAGAUAUGGCGAAGGUUGACAAGGCUCAUUAUGAAAGAGAAAUGAAAACCUAUACACACCCCCUAAAGGAGAGACCAAAAAGAAGUUCAAGGACUCUAGUGCACCCAAGAGGCCUCCUUCAGACUUGUUGUUCUGUUCUGAGUACCAUCCAAAAAUCAAAGGCAAGAAUCCUGGCUUAUCCAUUGGUGAUAUUAGGAGAGAUGUGGAACAACACUGCCGUGGAUCACAAGCAGCCCUAUGAGAAGGAGGCCGCCAAGCUGAAGGAGAAGAAUGAGAAAGACAUUGCUGCCUACAGACCUAAAGGAAAACCAGAUGUGGCAAAAAAGAGGGUGGUCAAGGUUGAGAAGAGCAAGAAAAAGAAGGAAGAGGAAGACGAUGAGGAGGAUGAAGAGCCUGAGGAAUAA